AUGGCACAUAUGGUCACCCUACAUCAUUCCACGUGGUAUGUUGGCCAGAUGAAAGAGUCAGUGAGUGAUCUGAGGAUUGUGCUGAUAGGUAAGAAUGGAUCAGAAAACAGACGAGUGGCAAACACUAUACUGGGUAGAGCAGCGCUUGACAGUGACGCUCCAUAUUAUUUACAGCAGUCCAGUGACAGAAUCAGUGAAGAGGUGGAGGAGAAAAAGAUCACAGUCUUCAAUCCUCAUCUGCUCCAGACACAUUUCCCACAGGGAGUGAUAAUAGAGGGAGUGAGAGAGUGUGUGUCUCUGUCUGCUCCAGGACCUCAUGUGUUUGUACUCGUACUGCAGAAUAAGGACUUCAAUGAGAACGACAGACACAGAGUGAAAUAUGUGCUGAACCUCUUCAGUAAGCAGGCCAUGAAACACACUAUAGUGCUGACUACUGAUGAAGAGACACGCAGAUCAAUAUUAGCUUCUAGGAAUAACACUAUUCAUGGUUUAAUAAAGGAGUGUGGAGGAGGACAUCUGAAGUUUAAUACAGUAAGCACAGGAUGGCGCUCUGAGAUGUUCAGAAAGACAGAAGAGAUACUCAAGAAAGAAUGUAAAGAAUGUCUCAUCUGUAACAUGUUUGAGGAUGAAGGUGAAGAAACAUCAGAGGAUGAAGAUCAGAGCAGAUCUGGAGCUUCAGUCAGAGACGACGACGAAGAGGAGAAGGAUUCUGGCCUCAAAGAGAGCACAAAACAGCAAGUGACGGAGGAGUGAGGACUACUGGGAAACCAAAGCUGAACAUUGUGCUGUGUGGAAAUAAUCCAACACUCAAGAACUCAGUGUCUAGAAUAUUUAUAGGGGUAACGAGUAAACCUCAGAAAGAGAGGAGAAAGAGUGUGUGAAGAGAGAGGAGAAUAUAGAUGGUCGUCAGAUCAGUGUAAUACAGCUUCCAGCUCUCUCUCGUCUCUCAGAGGAGGAAGUGAUGCGGGAGACUCUCCGCUGUGUGUCUCUCUGUGAUCCUGGAGUUCAUCAGUUCAUCCUCGUUACUCCUGUUACUCCACUUACUAAUGAAGACAGAGCAGAAAUGGAGAAGAUUAAAGGAAUAUUUAACUCACAAGAGCACUUCAUGGUGCUUUUCAUUACUGAACUCACUGUUGACCAAAGUGUGUCAGAUUUUGUAGAAUCCACAGAAUCUCAGAGGAUUGUGAGUCUCUAUGGGAGCUGGUGCAGUGUGACGGGGUUAAAGGACCAGAGAAACUCUCAACAGAUCUUAAAGAUUCUAGAUGUUAUAGACAGCAUGAAGACUGAACCCUAUUCUCUUCAGAUGUAUUUGAGAGCUCCAGAGAAGAGAGUCAGACAUGAUCUACAGGAGAAACUGAGAGUGAGAGACAAUGAAAUCAAAGAGGAGAAGAUCCAGACACU